UGUGUGUGUGUGUGCAAAUAUUUGCGUGAAAAGCAAAAAUAUUGAAAAUCGCCGAAAAUAAAGUGUUUGAAAUAAUUUUACAAUAUUUUAUUCAAGUCACCAAUUGCUAAAAAUAGCGGUCACAAAAAGUAAAGUGACAAAAAUCGAGAAAAAAACCAUAAAAAUCCACUUAAAUGCUCCUCGGCAUCGUAAAAAUGCAAAAACCUUCAAAACUUCAGCGCUUUUUCCAAGCACUGUCGCGUAACUACGAUUUCGAUUUCGCUCAUUCGCUUCAACGACAAUGAAUAGUUGAGGGCACGUGUUCGGAGGUGUAGUGCGCGCACGUGUAUUGCCCCGCCCAUACCAUAAAGCCCAACACGUCGUAACGCUAAAAAGUUUGUAUUGUUGUUUUAGUAGUGCGCGUAUUCGUUUUACGACGCCUGUUUGUGGCCGUCAGUGCUGACAAAACGCUUAAACGUCGCCUGUUGUAACCGAGCACGGGCGCGGGUGCGGGCCCCAAGCUGUGAUGCAAGCGAACAGUAGCGGUCGAACGGCUUUAUCGGCGCAAUCAUCGGGUACACCAUCGCAAUCAACGAUCUCGUCGUCGGGGAAGCAACAAGUUGUCGAGCUAUCGGGCUACGUAAUUAUUUUGGUGAAAAAUGUUGAGGGCAAAAUUAAGCUGUACGGCUCACCGCCCGAUCGCGAUAAUCUGGAAGUGGGCGAUGAGAUACUCGAGGUCAACGGUCUGACCUUGGAGAAUAUCUCGUAUGCGGAAAUUAUACGUCACAUCUAUGAGUGCAUAAAAUCCUGCACAAUUUGCCUGCGUGUACGCAAAAAGAAUGACACCAGAUUGGCCUGGGACAUUGGCAAUUCGGUGCAGGAGGCCUUCGUUAUUGCUGUCGAGGAGCAUGCGCGUGAGCGACUGAAACGUUUGGCGGCGUUGAAUCGGGUAACGCCGGUGGACAUAACGGAGGUAUCGAAAACGCUGCAGCAGACGAAGAGCGGCUCACAGUCGACACAGAAACAGGAUCUGAGCUUCCUCAACGAGGCCUCGCCCAUUUACGUCACCUCGUUCACCAGCACUCAGAUUACGUGCAGCAGCUCAACAGUCACCACCGCCACCGCAGCAACUGCCGGCCUCAUUACCUCGUCGACGUUUGCGCCAACCGUCGCGGCAACGGCGACAGGCAUCACCACAACAGCAGCUGUUGUGCACGCGUCGGCGGUGCAGAGCUCGGUGGGUGUAGCUGAUCGCAGCUCUCAUCAGACGACAGCAGCGAUUGUGGGCGCAAGCACAGCGGCGGCAGUGGCCGCGGCCACAGCAACGAAACUAGCCAAUCACAGCAGCAGCAGCAUUUACCAGCAACAACAAUUGCCGCAGCACCCACAACAGCAGACGGCAGUGACUGCCGCGCCGAAAUCAGCGAUCGCAGGUAAAGCCCAACACCAACAACCACCACCGCCAUUAACGCUGCAACUGCAGCAACAACAGGCCGCACAGGUAGCGCAGCUGGCGCAACUGCAACAGUUGCAAACGCCAACGAUAGCGAGCAGCCUGCAGCACUUGGCUGUCGCUGAGGAGGAGGACGACGACGACGAUUUGAUCGGCGUUGGCGCCAAUUAUUGUAGCAUUAACUUUAUAAAAUACAACAACAAACACGCACAAUUGCCACCCACCACGUCGGCGGUGGUGCUGCCUGCGGUAGCAACUAGCCAGCUAUUGCAGCAGCAACAGCAACAACAAGCGAAGUCGCACCCAUACAUCCCGCCCCCGCUGCAGAUCCCCAGCACAAUACUCGUCGAUGCACAAACCUCCACCUCACCGCUGGCUGCGACCGCUGUGGGUGAACUGAAACGCACGCUGACAGCCGCCGCAAACGCAACAACAACAACAACAAAAACAGCCGGCGUGACAGCGGCUACAACGACGACAGCCCGUGGCUCCACGACACCAACAACCGAGUACUCGACAGCCAUAUCCAGCAACCACCUGCAGCAGGCAUUCGCCUCAGCGGCUGUCGAGGACCAACAACAACAACAACAACGACAGCAGCAGCAACAGCCGCAAUUUUUUAAUAAUAACAAUUUAGGCGCAACAGCUGCCUUGAGCAACAACAAUAACAAAGCGGCUGGCGUGAUUGUUGACCAGCCCACUGCUGGCAUCAGUGGUGGUAGUGGUAUUAGUGGUGGUGGAGUGGGCGUGCCAGUGGCUGCCGUCAGCAGCGGGGCGUAUGGUAGUAAUAUUAGUAGUAAUUGUGAUUUAUUAAUAUCGAAUAAUAUACAUCCACCGAGACGAGAGUUACUAACUACACUUAAUGACGAUGGCCGACACUUUGAUACGGAUGCGGCAAAUAGCAACAACAAUAAUAUCAAUACACAAAGCGGCGGCGUCGUCGGCAGUAGUAGCAACGAUUUGCUAAAUAAUACAACAAAUUUAUACGAUAAACAAAUACAACAAUUAAAAAGUAGUAGUCCAAAUAGUAGCAUAUCAAAAGGAAGAACUGAACUGUUAUUAGGAGACCAAAGUUUAAGGCAGGAAAUUCGGCCUCGCCGUCGUUCUGGCUCCAGCAUUGUUGUUAUCGAUGGUGACGAUUUGAAGCCAUGCUUACCGGACGACUAUAUUAGUGGUCAGCAUUAUCGGCAACAUUCUGGUGAUAGCAAAGAAAUCGAUCAGGAAAUGUUGACAAUGCUUUCAGUUAAUCAAGAUAAUGGUCCACAUCGUGAGAUGGCUGUCGAUUGUCCAGAUACGUUCAUCGCGCGUAAUAAGACACCACCACGUUAUCCACCACCACACCGUCCACCACAGGUAAAUAGUCUUAAGCUUGACGGGAAGUCAAGGAAACCAUUCAUGUCCGCAAUGAAAAAGAAUUGCACCAAUCACUCAAAUACCCUACCCAAUAAGCACAAAUGCAUGCUAGCACACAGCACCCGCAAUAAAUCCAAUACACUCACCUACACCAAAACGCACAUUUCAAAACAUUCAACACAGACGCUUAGCUCACUGAACGCACAAUCAUCUACCAGAUUAUUUUCCAAAUCACAAAACUCACCGCCAUCAUCAACAACAACCGCAUCAUUAUCAUCGACUGAUAUUACCGCUUCACAAAUACCAAUACCAACAACACCAUCACCACCACCUCUGCCAACCACUCCCCCACCCAAAAUUCUAACUCACUCAUCUCCAACAGACUUUGUACCCAUCACUGCUUCAAUAACCAACAUCAAUACUGAAACUAACCAAUUCAUAACACAAUGUGUUGAAAUAUAUAACGGUAAUGGUAACAGACUAAUUGUUACGUAUCAUUCUAAAUGCGAUUCACCAACACCACCACCACCACCAC